UAGAUCUGAAUAUAUCUCUUUAGCUGUUUCUCUCUUUGGAGUCCCUGGAUUGGCUGUACGGAAUAGUAUGAACAUUAAUUCUUUAGCUUGCUCCGCAGCUAAAGCCUUGAAUUUUACUUCUCAAGCUCUUCACCUUUUGAAUAAAGAACAGAGUGAACUCCAGCAUGGACUUCUGCAAAAUCGCGCUGCUAUUGACUAUUUACUGAUGCUUCAUCAUUAUGGCUGUGAACAAGUGGAUGACAUGUGUUGUUUUAAUAUUACUAAUAACUCUAAAGCCAUUCAAAAGCAAAUCUCUCAUUUGCAAAAUCUUACACACCACAUUAAACAGGACGUUGGAUUUUCUGGCCUCUGGGAUUCAUUCACCCAGUGGCUCACUG